AUGGAAAUAUCCCAACUCGCAGUGCCCUCUGUCUACUUCCUCAUCUUCUUCCUCGGCUACCCCUCGCAAUGGCUGCUAAUGCACCUGGAACCCCAGCCGCUAACAAGAAAUGAACUCUUGGUCUCGAACGUCUUGUUAGUGCUGAUUUGGAUUACCUAUACGAGAGCCGUGUUUGUGGACCCGGGACGGAUACCGCGGGAUUGGGCGCAGAGGCUGGGGGAGCUGGGGGUUACCGGGGAGGGGAUGGAAGAGGAGGAGAAGGGGGAGGGAGAAGGAAAUAGUUUUGCGGCGGUGAAGAGUAGGAAAUGGUGUCGGAAGUGUGAUGCUGCGAAGCCGCCGAGGGCGCAUCAUUGCAAGGAGUGUAAAAGGUGA